AUGGCUUUGAAUCCUUUGACAUGUGGCUUCGUGGUGGGUGGCGCUACUGGUGGUUUAGCUGGUGGAAUCGGAAAGUUCAUCACCGAUGACAAGGCUGCAGGCCAGUUGGCAGGUGCUGUUGCUGGUGCUGUAGCAGGUGGAUGUGCAGGUGGUUUGAUUGGUGCUGCAACGGUUGGUACUGUCACUGCAGCAAUGGGAGUACUUGGCGGUGGUUCUGCUGGAACUAUAGCAGGUUCCGUAUUAGGAUAUUUCACUGCUGAUAUGACAUAUAAAGCAAUGUCCGAAGAAAAAUAA